CCGGGUUCCUUAUGCAGACGCACUUUCUGGAUCCCAGCCUUUAACUUCGCUCCGGACCUGCUCUGCGUGCACGCGCUUUCUGACCGAGUGCGCGCCCUCGCGCGUUUCAAGCUUUCUCAGUGGUGUACCACUAAAGCAUUUUCUCAAAGUCAGGAGAUGACAACUGUAAAGCCAGAUGUUAGCAGCAAUGGCAUUUUCAAGAACAGAAUAAGAAGAUGACCUGCACUCUGGGUGGAUGUUAGAGUAAACCCUUCUCCCCUGCAUCAGAGCAAUGCAUGAAAAUCACAGCAGCAGUCACGUAGCGAGUAAGAAGGAAGUCAUAAGCAGGAACUGAAGAUAUUGUAAGUGUUGUGAAAAUCACACAAACACGGCAUCAGAACGAGACACAAAUAAACUCUCAGGAUGAAUGAACUUUCUGAAAGGUUGAUACUUGACCACACCCACUUCCUCAACAGAAAACACGAGAGGCAUGUUAAUGAGCAUGCUGCGUUUUGCAUCACGUGUUUGCUGUGACGUCUCAGAGACCUGAGUUUCCUUUUCCACAGUUAUUUUAUUGAUGGCUUGAAUGUAAAUCUAAACGGAAGUAUCUGUCACAUGUCAUGCAGUUUAUUAUUAUCUUUAGAAUCAGAAAAUACAGAAUUGGAUAUCAAGACUAUUAUAAGACAUAAUAUAGAUGAGUAAUUAUCUGUUAUUUAGCAAAUGGUUUUAAAUUGAAAGCAGACCCAUGUUGUCUGAGGUCUGAAUUUUACUGACAGCUGAACCAUCAACAUGUACGUAAAUAUUAGAGCCAGAAGAAUUCUAAUGUAAUAAAAUUAACAAAUUACAGUUAAAAAGAAGCUCUGAUGAUUAAACCAACGCCAAAAAGAACAAUACAGUCCAGUGUGGAGUAAACACUAAUAUAGAAUAUUAAUCUUUACAUAGAUCUGAACUGUCCAUUCUCAUGUAAUUCUUAUUUAAUUGUAAUUGUGUCCAUUUUAAUGUAGUGUUUUAUUCUAAAUCACAUGAUGGAGACCCUCAAUCAAAAACUCUGCUCUGAGAGCGAAUCUUUUUCCUUUCUGUUGUUCUUCUCAGUGUUCACUCUCUUUCUCUUCCUGUGUGGUAAAGAGCACAAAGUCUCUUUCUCUCUUUCUCUCUCUCUCUUUCUCUCUCUCUCUCUCUCUCUCUCUCUCUCUCUCUCUCAGUCGCUUGUGAACAGUUGAGGAGGUAACAGCACUCCAGCAUCCUGUCUCUGAAAAUGGACUUUGAUUAUCAGAAAAUUAAAGAUGAGGAAUUUCGUAAGAGAGAAGAGCGAAUUGGUUCUUUGCCGUUCCCACAGCCGAGACCUCAGGCACUAACCGUUACAGAAACUCCAUCCAAUAUCCAGAAACCUCCAAUCAAGCCUCGACGCAGCAUCAAAAACCGUCCCAUUGCACAGCCAGGAUCAGAAGCUUCACACAGCCAGACCAAUCAGAUGGAGAAUGAGGAACGGAAACGAAUCGCUCCAUCUCAGGUGCUAAACCCUGCAGGGCCCCUGGAUGCUCAGACUCCGUCUCUGCAGGCUCAUAAUCUUCUGUGGUUUCAGAGAACGCAGCUGCCUCGGCUGCAGAAACCCGUCCCGAGCUGGCUUCACGGCUUCGCCACUCGCAGGGAAGCUGAGCAGCUGCUGCAGGAGAAGCAGCAGGGUUGUUUCCUGUUGAGACUCAGCGAAUCGAAGGUUGGCUUUGUGCUCUCGUAUAGAGGUGUAGAUAAAUGCCGUCACUUCAUCAUAGAGGAAGAAUUUGAUGCGUCUGGUACAAAAGGUCAGUACGUCAUUGCUGGGGAGACCAGCAAACAUUCCAGUCUGGAGGAACUGAUAAACUACUAUACCCACAAUCCAGUGGGGCCUUUCAAUGAAACCCUCACUGUGCCUUGUGUACAGACUUUUACUUUGCCUGUUUGCCUGCUGCUGUUUGGUGAACAUCUGGAACAGGGUUUGGCAGCAUCACCACCUCACAGAUGCAGAGAUUCAAUCCAGACUUUGGUUACUGUCUGUGUAAAGGUUCUCAUGUCCUUCAAAUAUCCACAUAGGUUUCAUCCAGGGUCUGUGGUUUCUUUCAAUGCCAAUAGCAGCCACUCCACCAUGCAGUGGAGAAAACCCUUCCAAAGCCUCCACAGGACCCGAAGUUCUCACCGCCCAGAGACGGUGCAGUACGCUGUGGUGAGGAAAACCCUGAGAAAGGCAAACUCCAUAUCUGAGAGUGUGAGUGAAGCACUGGCCAGCAUCCAGGAACAUACAGAUACACCAAUGAUGACUGAGAAUGAAACACCAGAUCCUGUGUUCAGCAGCAAAGACACGUGUGCUGAAGGAGACGUGACCCACCCAGGGGAUGCCCCUUACGCACGUGUAAAUAAACCCCAACGUCCAGCACAGACGUUCUCCUCCCACGACUCUGCGGUGUGUGGAGCAGCAGCCGAGGCCGAGAUGCUCCUCAACGACGCUGCUGUAGCCGAACAGAAGUACUGGGAGCUGGAGCCUGUGCACACGUACGAGGAGGCCCUGCACACACCUUCUCGUGAUGACCAGAUUGAGUUCUACGCAGUUGGAAGACAGCGAGGAAACACGAGGAGUUCAGCAGGUGUCGCUGUUAAUCACGUCUACUCAGAGGUCAACAUUAAGGGGAACAGAGAUGACCCCAUGUCAGCUUCUCCACCACUCCACACAGGCACAACGUUCAUUUCUACCCCAUCCUCCACCAGACCCAGACUACCCCUAAGAUCUGCCCCUAGAGCUGCACAACCAGAGGCCACUGCUCAGAACUCAGCAGUGAGGAAUCCUUUCACUUUUCCAUCAGAGCAGGCCAUGGCAGGAAGCUCAGAGUUCUCCAUAUACGAGCAGAUUCCAGAAAGACCAAACAAGUCCAGACCUCCGCUGCCACCACUGCCGGGCCCCAAACGCUGAUCUCCUACUGACCUCCAACUCUUCAUAAUCAGCAGAUCCUCAUGUUCUACACACUGUAAAAAACCCACAAACACCGACACCAGAAACAGGAAGAUUCCACUGGAUGUGUGUUGGUGAACAUCACGAGGAUCAUCUCUUUUACAUUCACACUGAUCACACGAAUGAAUCUUCACCAUCUCGAGUCCCUCAGCCGUCUGUAUAGGAGAUUUAUUAUGCAGCAGAAUAAAUACAUUUAUAAAUGAAGUGCUGUUUCGGUCGAUUGCAGUCACCUGACAGCAGCUUGUGAUCCUCAGACGUUCCUACAGUCAGUCAUUUCAUCCACAUGGAUCAAUAAGUGCUCAGAGUGACGUUAGACAGAGGAGCUUCACGUCUCAUACUGAUAGUCACACUUUUAUUAACAAUUCAUCAUUACAGCAGGUCUGUACACCUCAAUCUAAUAAAAACCCACAAACCUC